ACCCCAGGAAUAUCAGCCUCCCCUUUGCUUGCAGAGUUUAUUGGUCCUGAUGGCACUCAAGGAAACACUUCGAUAUCUGUUUUAGGCAAGUCAAGCAUUACAGAAUAGCCACUCGAUCAUUUAAUGAAAGCGGUAAAAUCUAUGUCACCUAAGGCAUUGAGUGCUUCUGUCAGGGACAUUGGCUCUGUUGUCAGCAUGGUUGAUAGGUUUGCAGGAUCAGCUCCCGGUAAUGGAUCUAGAGCUGCAGUUGGUGAGGAUUUAGUUGCUAUGACAAACUGUCGUUUACAUGUAAGAAAUUUCAUGAGCCACGACGAAACUAACGGGACAAGGAAAAUUAAGCGCUACACUAGUGCCAUGCCCUUAAAUGUCGUAUCAUCAACCAGUAGUAUUAAUGACUCAGAAAUAUCAGAUCUAGAGUCAACUGCAACAUCUGGUAUCAAGAGGUGUAAGUUAGAGGAAAUCCAUGCUCUUAAAGACAAAAUUAGGGAAAUAAAUCAGUGUCUUAUUGACACUGUUAUUGAUAUUAGUGAGGAAUCAAGUGUUGUAGCAGCUGCUGCUGAAGGAGAUGAAGGGACCAUUGUUAAGUGCUCUUUCAGCGUCGUGGCACUCAGUCCAAACAUGAAAUUGCAAUGUGCUUCAGCACAGAUGGUGGGUUCUCAAGAAUGAUGAAGGGAUUUUAUC